GAUGAAGGAGAUGAAUCAGGACAAUUGGUUGACGGGACGUCCUAGUGUCAUUCCACAUCCUCCACCGUUAAAUAUAAAGGUAAAAAUUGAAAGAAGGGCAGACGUCCUUUUGGCGCGUGCUGAAGCUCAGUUUAAAGAAUCCAAAGCCAAAGUUGCAACCGCCAAAGCUUUAAAAAUUCCAAACAGAGAAGAAAUAGAAUUAGCAGCGGCAAAAUCUGAAUUAGCUUUCAAAGCAAUGAAAAAGUUAUAUGCGGAAAUUGAACACGCCAAAGAUGAACUUAGAAAAGCUGAAAAUGCUAUGGAAAUGACUAGGUGUAGAAAGAGGGUUGCAUGGCUUCAUGACAGAAUGCAUAAGACGGUUGUAGUCCAGCAAUCUUUAAAUGAAAAGAACUAUAAUGAAAGUCAACCAAAUAUUGAUACGUUCUUUGGAAAGGCAAAUAAGUCCGAUAAGAUUAAUCGAAUUACAGACAAGCCUUUGGGAUCUUUUCUGGGAAAAAUGAAGCUAUCACAAAAAGAAGUUAAUUUACCGAUGGUGUUUGGUAGAGAAGGACCAGAGAGCUUAAUUACAGAUGACGCUCAAUAUAAAACCGAUACAAAAACGUCGGAAAUAUCUGAUUUCGAAUUGAGAGAGCAAAUCAUAGAGAAUGAAAGUUAUCCUUUAGAUUCUUUAUUAAGAGAUGAGUCCAAUAUUUCCAAUGAUCAAGAAGGCAAAUACGAAUAUUCAGAUGAGAAUUUAGAAGAGAGAGGUUCUAUUGACAACAAUGAACUUAGUAAUACAGACGAUGACAAUAAAACAGAUAUCAGAAAGAAAGUCGAGUUUAAAGGAGAUUCCUUCUCUGGAGGAAAGAGCGGAAAACUAUCUCCUACAGGAUCUUUAGAGUCUUAUCCAGAUCAUCCAGUAUUUAGCAUUGCAGGUACAAGUAUAUUCGACGAUGAAAUUUUAAAUAUAGUUGACAAAUCGGAAAUUGAAAGCGAGAAAACGGGAGAGAUUGAAGAAGAAUCGAAUCAUGACGCAGCGUCGUUGUAUUGGGAGAGAGAACAUAAUCGAUUGGAAAUCGGAGAACAAGCUGUUCUAGAUCAGGAUCCAACGUCUUAUCACGCAAUGGCUAUUGCAGUUUCCGGUACAUUUUUGACGAAAAAACCCGAAGAGCCUAAGCCUCUUCCGUGGAACUCGAAAAACGAUUCAAAUGUUCAUAGAUUAGGUAUAGAGAAAUUUCAACAGAAGUUAUUUCGCCUACAAAACGCUGUUUUCGAUGCCGCCGGAGAGUCUAUCCCCCGGACGGCGUUUACUCCAAAAGUUGAAAGGAUACUAGCGAACGAAAGAGACAGUUCAUCUGUUAUGGAAAUCAAGAAUAAUAAAUUUACUGGAGAUCAGAGAUUGGGGACAUCCUUUUCAGGAAGAUUAGUUUACUAUCCUGCUCCUUUAACCCCUCCUGCCAUACUGCCUACGACUCGUCUGAGCGCAGGAGUAAUUGUUCCCACGAAACCUUCCAAGUAUAGCUUUUCUACACCCGAUAAAGUUCCAUCCGCACAAGGCGUAGCGGAACAGCAUAAUUUGAAAGACGAAACCAAGCUAACUCUCUUUAAAGCUAGGCCUGUAUUAACAAUGGAAAAAACAUCUGAAUCAAUUCCCAUCAAACAGAAUUUAAUGUAUAGGCUAACAUUAGAUUCGAGAGAUUCCUGGGCAAAGAUGAAGCCAAGAUCUGGUGUUUUAGUUCAUUCAGGUAUAAAGUGGGAACGAGUUAAAGAUUUAGUCGGUCGGGGACUUCUUUCGGAAAGAGAAGAAGAGAGAAUAGAUGCUGCAAGGAAUUUAGGUAUUCUUAAUUGUGCUGACACAACAGUAAUCGGAGCUUUGAGAAAAAGAUUGGAAGAAGAUAAGAGUGAAAGGGUACGGUUUGAAUCGUGUGUUAGCCUAAUUAAGGCAGGUGCUUGGGAUGAAAAGCUUAUGGAAAGCGCAACAGACUUUUUAGCUUUGGGUAACAGUGAUAUGAGAAUGCAUAUUUUAAAGUCACUAAAUAUUUCCCCUAGAUUGAAAUUAAUGCCAAAUAGACACUUUAUUCAAGUUCUUAUCCACUUAACAAAAAGACCAAAUAAGAAUUUAGCUUUCAUGGCUUCAAUCAUUCUCGGAAAACUUGGUAACUCCGAAGCCGAACCGAUAUUAUUCGAACUUCUCAAAGAGGACGACGUCAAUCAUAAUUUAAGAGCUCAAGCCUUAGAGGUGUUAAUAAAGGACCUAGGUGAAACUGACAAAAUCGUAAUAGAUGCUGUGUUGAACCAAUUAUUGCAUUCACCAUCUUGGAAGGAAAGAAAGAGUGCUUGCCGUCUAUUAUCAUCACUUGGUAUAACUUUCCUCCCGUUAGAAAAGACUUAUAACGUAUUAGAACAAAAAUUAUGGGAUGAACCAUCCAAAUUAGUCAGAAAGGAAUGUGCCGAGACGUUAACCUCACUUGGAUUAUUAGCAAGAGCAGCGUUGAAUACAGAAAAGAAAUUGGAAGAUAAGACUGCCGAGGGAAGAGCUCAAGCUGUAAUAGCCGUAGGGACUUUAGGAAUGCAUACAAAUAGAAUACUGAGAAUGCUACUCGAAAUGUUAGAAUUAGAUUCGAGUGAACACGUAAGAGUCCUUGUAAUACGAACUUUAGUGAGCCUGGGAGCUAGGGAGAGUCAAGUCAUUAGAGCUUUGAACGAUAAGCACUCAAAAGGUGAUGGAAUUCUCUCAAAAGAGGCAUCCAAGGCUCUUAUGCAAUUAUCUUCUUCCGCAAGUGCCUAA